AUGGCCACCUCCCGGACCGGAAGUCUUUCGUGCGAGGCCGCACAGAAAGAUGGCGGCGCCCUUACCGGAAGUCCUCCAAGGCCGCACACAAAGAUGGCGGCCCCGGCCCGGAAGUUCGCCGGGGCCACACUAAAGAUGGCGCCGCCAGGACCGGAACUUAGCCCACCCCACGCUAAAGAUGGCGAGCGGCGCGGGCGGCAGGUUCGUGGGCGGCGGCAGGCACCAGCGCGGGCAGCCGGCCUCGGGGCCGCGGCGCGCGGCUCGGGCGCGAGGACCCCAGGCAGACAGCGGGGCCCGGCGCGCCGCCCGCCCCGUUCCGCCCCGCUCCCGUUCCCGCCCCGCUCGGUCCCGCUGUGCCCCGGAGAUGCUGUCGGGGCUGCGCCGCCGCCUUCCCCCCCCGGAAGCGACCCACGGCGGCAGAUCCGACGUCGGGCUCUCCAGGAGAUCGUCCCCGGGGUAAGCGGGGCCCGGCGGGGGCGCGGCCGCUCUUCUGCCUCUCCCGCGGCCAUCGGGGACUGCAGGCAGGGGAAGCGACAGGUGAUGAAGCUUCUGGAAAAAAGACAAAAUGCAUCGAGGGAUGUUAUUCUUGACACCCCAGGGCAGAUGGAGGUAUUCGCCUGGUCAGCGUCAGGAACCAUCCUAACUGAGGCCUCGGCUUCCUCUUUUCCUUCGGUUGCUCUGUGUGUGCCGGACACCUCUGGCAGGACUAACCCAAUGGCUUUUAUGUCCAACGUGCUGUAUGCCUGCAGGUAAGAAAAGCUGGAAGUGCAGUCCCUCUGCUUUGAUUGCUGUGUCUCUUUGGUAGUUCUUUUGGAGGGGAAUCACAGAGUGAUUUGGUUUGAAGGGGGCCUUUAAAGGCCACCCUGUCUUCCGUGGGCAGGGACACCUUCCACUAUCCCCGGUUGCUCCAAGUCCCAUCCAGCCUGGCCUGGAACACCUCCAGGGAUGGGGCAGCCUCAGCUUCCCUGUGCAGUGUGCUCUAAUAUCUCUCCACUGCCAUCAUGAAAAAUUUUGUCAGUAUGUCCCUUUCAGUUGAAAACAAUUAUCCCUUGUCCUAU